CUCUCCCAUUCCCUCCGUCUCUCCCCAUCGUCUGCCGCUGGCUGCCUAGUGGUCCACGCAUCUGGCUCUCCAGCUCCCCUUGGUGAUGCUACCAAUCCGCUGCCCGUGCCUGGAACCACCGUCAAACCACUGAACACAUACCACCACGCCCACGCCCACAUUACACGCUGGUGACGCCUUGUCGCGCGGGUGACACUGGUUGCCAAACUUACCAAGCCAGAAACUCAACUUUCUUGCUGCUUCUUGUUUUUCUUUGCCCAAAAAAAAACUCCCCCUCGUCGAUCCAGCUCAUUCUUUUCAUCUCCUCCUCGACCGCCAUCUCACUCUCCUCCACUCCUUGUUUCCUUCUUCCCUACCAGUCGUCGUCUGCCACAGCAUGCCGCCUGCGAUCCCUUCUGCAGUGCUUUCCACUCAGAGCUCUUCCAAACCACUCCUCGCCAUGCGUCCAAUCACCAUGCCUUGUUGUCAGGGCCGAUUCCCGUCCAGAUAAUUCCCUCGUCCGCUCUACCCUCUACUUAACACCACCGACCACGCUCCCGAUUCGACCAAAGAACAUUAAGCCCUGCCAUCAGAGUCCCCGUCUACAGUCACCGCUGUUUUGGAGCAUCUCGGCCAUUCGAUCAAGAACUCUGUCUCAGCCUAUCCGUUGGCACUCGUACGCGACCCAUCUAAAAUGGCCGUCUAACCACCUCUACCGAGUACAAGGUCUUUACCUGCCGUCUGGCUUCAACCUUGGGAGUUGUUAUAAGAGCCCACUCCAAAAGCUCCAUUUCGUCACAUCGCUCCUAGAUUCUUCCCUUGCCAGAUACUCAGAUCGACUGCUCAUCUCGUCACCCCUACCGGCUGGCCUCUGGACGAAAACGCACAGCCGCUGAAAAGUUAUUUCGGGGCUCUAUCCACGAAGUGACGCUUUACCGACCAUCCUCUCGACAAACGCCGAAUCAUCUCGCUCUAUCAAAGCAAUUUUCGGGAGUCGCAAAAUGAGCCAAAAAGAUCAGGAAGCGUCCAGUCCUCUGGUUGAUUCGAACGAUGUCGCAACUGAUCUGGCUGAUCUCGACUUGUCGUCCGGCUCCAAGACCCUUCAACUCGACCAAUCCCAACCACCUACUCCAGACGGCACAGGACGUCCAGUCAACUUCCAAGUCAUUGCCCCUGGACUCUACCGAUCGAGUUAUCCCCAGUACGCACAUUUUGAAACCCUUGCCGACCUGGGUCUCAAGACCAUCGUGACCUUGGUUUCGGGGCCUCUCCCUGUCGACUAUCAGAAAUUCAUUGCCUCCCACGGCAUUACGCACUACACGAUCCCUAUUCUCGCCAACAAAGACCCAGAAGCUUACACGCCGGACGCAGUCGUCUGCAAGGUCGUCGAACUCAUGCUGGACCCGUCCAACUAUCCCAUGCUCAUCCACUGCAACAAAGGCAAGCACCGAAGCGGUUGCAUCACAGCGGCAUUCCGCAAAGUGACAGGCUGGACCUUGGACGCUUGCAUCGAAGAAUACGAACGGUAUUCAAAGCCCAAGAGUCGCGAUUUGGACAAGGUGUUUAUUGCUCGUUUCGACCCUUCUCCUCUCAAGCAUCUCGCCAUCGAAAGAGGCUACGUCGGCGGCGUCUAUCGACAACCGGUGCGUGACUCGACAAAAUCCUCAAUCUACACCAACAACACCGUGGAGACAGCUUAUACGACGACCGACGACUCGGUCAACGAUUUCCACGAGCGAGUUCGGAAGGAACACGAGGCACUUCUGGAGCCGGUGAAAGUGGGGGUAUCCAACUAGGGAAGCAUCGCUCAUUUGGAUCCAUCAUACGCCCAGGGCAUAAAAGAGUACGAUGUUGCCAGAGUGAUACUGUGAGCUAUCUACUUCCACGAUACGAUCUCACUCAGUCCACAAUGGUCUGUACCAACAUGUGACCUUGUCCCAAAGGCCAUCAAAACACCGGCGAGAAAAUGGAGGGCAACAAAGCCAAGUGUCGUUCUCGCACGAAUGUACAGAGGCAUUACGGGACGAGAAAAUGUACUAUACCAGCACCUAAUGAAACAGUCCUUUUUUUCUUCUUUCUCUCUCGGUGGAAGCAAUGUUGAAAAGAACUUGGAAAGCACUGGAAAUCAUAGAGAAUUGCAUUUCGAGCCCCAGAUCGGCUACGGAGUUGGAACUGGAUAUAUGAACCACACAGAACCUGGAUUGCAUGGAAACAAAAGGGAGCGGAAAGAUAUCUGGCAUUUGUCGCCCAUUCGGGAUCUCGAAUCACGUUGGUCCUCGAGGACACGGCGUGAUCUGCGUCCACAGCCUCGCGGCUGUCUUUAUUCGACCACUGGCGCUGGAGAAAUGGUUGAGGUGCUUUUGUUUUUGUCCGCGUCACGGCGCCGGCGCCGGUGCCUGCGACAAGAAGGGAGUCUACAGGAUGGCCCCCCUGACACACAUUGAGGUUUCAUCGAGAUUCUCCUCUUUGGAAGUGGGGCGAAGGGCAAGUUUUGGUUUUGGGAUUGAGAAGCGACGGCGGGAAAAGCAAUAGGAACGACAAGAGAGAGAAAAAAUGGCGAGACGUUCUAGUAGUGGGGGGGAUCGACCUCCUUGAGGACCCGAGAUCGACGCAUAAGGAAAUAUGGCGCGCGACGUCGUGGUGGUGCGGAGGCGGCGGUGGAGGAGGAGGAGUCCAAUAUCGCACAUGACAUGGAUCACAGAAACACCAGACAGCCCGAAACACUCCUAUGUACCAAUUUGUACCUAUGUAGCUAAACACCGUCCCAGCCCAGCGUGGCAACGGGAGAAAUAAAAAGAAAACCAUGGGAAAAGAAAA